AUGUGCCUGGAGGAGCCGGAGGACGCGGAAAGACUUGGUUUUGGUGACGCAGGGGUCGAGGAGCCCGCUAAGUUUCCCUUGGCUCAGAUGGAGAGAGUUUGCAAAAACACAACUUCUGCUGAUUUCAGGCAGAAGUUAAGCAAUUUUGUUCCAGUAAUCCGAUUGGGGGAUUGGUCUGAUAUUGGAGGUCGCCAAUACAUGGAAGAUACUCACGUGUGCAUUCCAGACCUUGCUAAGAACUUUGGCUUCCCAUCGUUAGAUAAUGAAGUUGUUUCCUUCUAUGGGGUCUUUGAUGGUCACGGUGGAAAAGAUGCUGCCCAUUUUGUUCGUGAUAAUUUACCAAGGGUGAUUGUGGAAGAUUCAGAUUUCCCUCUUCAGCUUGAAAGGUCUCUUCUGGUCGCUAAUGCUGGUGAUUGCAGGGCAGUUCUUUCCCGGUGUGGCACUGCAAUUGAAAUGUCCAUGGACCACAGGCCUUGUAGCCUCAGUGAAAAAUUGCGCAUAGAAUCGCUUGGUGGCUAUGUGGAUGAUGGCUAUCUGAGUGGUCUGCUAGGAGUCACUAGAGCGCUUGGUGACUGGCAUCUUGAGGGCAUGAAAGAAGUUGGCGAGCCAGGAGGUCCCUUGAGUGCUGACCCAGAGCUCAAGAUGAUCACACUAACAAAGGACGAUGAGUUCUUGAUAAUUGGCAGUGACGGAAUCUGGGAUGUCUUCUCAAAUCAAAACUCCGUGGACUUUGCACGGAAGCGCCUCCAAGAGCACAACGAUGUGAAAUUAUGCUGCAAGGAAAUCGUUGAGGAGGCAAUAAGGCGAGGGGCCACUGACAACUUAACUGCAGUGUUGGUCUUGUUCCACCCAGAGGCCCCUCCUCAGGUCAAAGUGGACCGUCCUGGUAGGGUGGCAUGGAGCAUAUCAGCUGAAGGGCUCAAUAGCCUCAGGAUACUCCUGGGAAGGCAGUAA